AUGGCUUUGGUUUGUGCAAUUUCCAACGAAGUGCCAGAGCACCCGUGCGUCUCCCCGGUGUCCAACCAGGUGUUUGAGCGCAGGCUGAUCGAGAAGUACAUCGCGGAGAAUGGGACGGACCCCAUGAACGGGCAGCCGCUGUCCGAGGAGCAGCUCGUAGAUAUCAAAGUGGCCCAUCCUAUUAGACCAAAGGCACCAUCAGCAACCAGUAUUCCUGCUAUUCUCAAGUCCCUUCAAGAUGAGUGGGAUGCUGUUAUGCUUCAUAGUUUCACCUUGCGGCAGCAGCUGCAGACUACUCGCCAAGAACUUUCACACGCCCUCUAUCAACAUGAUGCCGCAUGCAGAGUCAUCGCUCGACUCACCAAAGAGGUCACAGCUGCAAGAGAAGCUCUUGCCACACUUAAACCCCAGGCUGGGUUGGUUGCCCCUCAGGCAGUCCCUGCUUCUCAGCCAACUGCAGCAGGUGCUGGUGGAGAGCCUAUGGAGAUUAGUGAACAAGUGGGAAUGACCCCAGAAAUCAUCCAGAAGCUCCAAGACAAGGCUACUAUCCUCACUACAGAGAGAAAGAAGAGAGGCAAAACUGUCCCAGAGGAUCUGGUUAGAGCUGAGGAUCUCGGCAAAUACCGCCAAGUGGCCUCCCAUGCUGGUCUUCAUAGUGCCAGCGUGCCUGGUAUCCUGGCUCUGGAUCUGUGUCCCUCAGACACCAACAAAGUGCUCACUGGUGGAGCUGAUAAGAACGUGGUGGUGUUUGAUAAGAAUGAGGAGCAGAUUGUGGCAACACUCAAGGGUCACACCAAGAAGGUCACCUCUGUCAUUUACCACCCAUCUCAGUCGGUGGUCUUCUCCGCCUCUCCAGACACCACCAUCCGUGUGUGGUCUGUCACCGGGGGCAACUGUGUGCAGGUGGUACGUGCCCACGAGGCAGGCGUCACUGGGCUCUCUCUACAUGCUACUGGAGAUUACCUGCUCAGCUCCUCUGAGGAUCAGUACUGGGCCUUUUCUGAUAUCCAGACUGGCAGAGUCCUCACCAAAGUUACUGAUGAAAGUGCUGGCUGUGCUCUCACAUGCGCUCAGUUCCACCCCGAUGGUCUCAUUUUUGGCACCGGUACGGCUGACUCCCAGAUCAAGAUUUGGGAUCUGAAGGAGCGCACCAACGUGGCUAACUUCCCAGGCCACUCUGGACCUGUCACCUCCAUUGCUUUCUCUGAGAACGGAUACUAUCUGGCCACAGGUGCCCAGGACAGCUCUCUGAAACUGUGGGAUUUGAGGAAACUGAAGAACUUCAAGACCAUCACUCUGGACAACAACUAUGAGGUGAAGUCCCUCGUGUUUGAUCAGAGUGGUACCUACCUGGCUGUAGGAGGGUCUGACAUCCGUGUCUACAUCUGCAAGCAGUGGUCUGAGGUCCUCAACUUCACAGACCAUACAGGAUUGGUGACUGGAGUGGCGUUUGGAGAAAAUGCCCGGUUCCUGACCUCUACAGCGAUGGACAGAAGCCUCAAAUUUUACAGUUUGUAGAAAAGCAGAAAUUCAAGGGGAGGAGGACAACUAAGAGGAGAACAGUCUGUCAGAGCUGCCCGCUACCCAUGACCCAGUAAUUGUCAAAAAA